GCAUCAUCGAUUUCUGUCUAAGCAUCUACUACGAUCACUUUCGGCUUCCAAAUAGCAAGACCACGUUUCGGAGAAGUUCAGCUUACAAGAUGCCAAAUCUGGGGGCGAUCGGACGAAAGAUCAACGCUCGGGAGGUCGACCCUAACCCACAUAUCCUUUUCACGAGCGUGUUAGAGAGAAAGCCGAAUGCGGAGCAAGCUUUACGCAUGAUGAAAGCCCUGGCUGCUCAAGUCAGGCCUUUGAUGCAACGUCAUGGAAUCAAGGUCAAUUCGUUUGAAGAGUACCCCUUCAACAAAGUGUUUGCGGGCAGGAAUUGGAAUGCCGGAGAAGUCGUUGAGAUCGUUCUUCGAAGGCCGGACAACUCGUUCUUACCGAUGUCAUACCUGGAGCGCACCAUGACGCAUGAGCUGGCCCACUGCCAUCAGAUGAAUCACGGACCGGAUUUUCAAGCCCUCUGGAGUCGACUUCAGGGAGAAGUUUACCACUUGCAACGGGAUGGAUACUUCGGAGACGGAUUCUACAGCGAAGGUCGUCGUUUGGGGGACUCUGUUCCCAUCUCCUCAGCCGAGCGUGCGGAUGGCCAAGUUCCAGAGCUAGUAUGCGGAGGGGCGAACAAACGUUCGGCGCCGAGCAAGGCUUCUAGAGGGUACGGCGGUGGAAAGAGACGUCGUGGACAAGCUCUGAUCAAUGGAGUGGCAUCUACGAGCUCCGGUGCCCAGACGGCCAAGAAAAGGAAAUCAUCCAGGCCGAACAAGAAAGCUUUCGAAGACAAGGCGGGCGGAAACAGGCUUGAUGGGCUGGACGGCGAGGAUCUUCCCGACAUCAAAACGAUACGAGCGAAGGUGGCAUCGUCAGCAAGGCAAAUCCAAUUGAUGGACGGGGGCAGCUUGGCGGCAGCCAAACGUGCAGCUGUGGCUAACUUGGAAGACGUAGAAAGAGAGAUUCUGGAAGGCACGUCUGUCGGCAAACGCGCCAGGACGAAAAGUGCUGCUGAGAUGCGUGCCGAAGCGGCGGAAAGGAGGAUCAAAGCGUUGAAUCAACCACAGCCGUCGCCUCAAGCACAAGGGGUUCAAGCAGGGCCCAGUAAGAUCGAGGACGACGCUUCGGAAGACGUUGACGAGCUGGAGGACUCGGACGAACUGGACGAACUCGAUGAUACGGAGGAAGCAGAAUUCGGACCCGACGCUGUGCUGACCAUGUUUGGCAAUAUGAGCGUCGAGGAACGUGAAGCGAUGAAGGGCGAUGUCAAAGAUGAGCCUGUCGAAACUGGUUUUGAGGAUCCAGGGCCUUGUGGUUUGAUAGCGGCGAGAGAAGUCGAUCAUCCGGAGCGUUCGCCUGAUCCGGAGUUCAAGACCGAAUCUUCAGCUGCUACGACCAGUAAGAGGACGAUCGCUCCUAUCCCUAGCUCAUCGCCCGGUACCUUUGCUACCUUGGCAAAACCCCCUCCCAAAAACGCGGCCGGUCCAACUCCGACGUUCUCCGCCAAGAGUCUCGUCGAAGGAGAAAAAGCCAGACUACGGCUUCAUCAAAUCGGCCAAACCCUUGGCAGUCAACCUCAAGACAUUCGAUUUUGGCAGUGCGACCACUGUGGACAGAAUUGGCAUCGAGACUACGGACGAUGCGGAUCAAACGGCUGCACAGGUGUCAACCCCGGCCGAAACGGACCCACGAAGCUGAACGCCAGGCCACCCUCCCCGAUUAUCAUCUCGGACGACGACGAGUGGUGAUAUCGCCUUCAAAAACGAACUCUCUCGUACUUGCAUUUUCCACAUUACGAACCCUUUACGAGAUUGUGAGACCAAAUCGCUAUAUACGAUCAGAACCA